UGCAGGUUUUUGUGUCUGCUCAGCUUACAUUACAACCUAGCCAAGAUGUUCUGGCAUUAUGUCUUCAGUAACAACUCGGCGCUCAUAGAAAAACUACUCGAGAAAGAGGAUGUGACUCUAAGUGAACUUAUGGAAGAAGAAGAACUUCUUCAGGAAUGUCAAGCUCAAAAUAAGAAAUUAGUUGAUUUUCUGUUGCAGGAUCACAUCCUGCAGGAGCUUGUCUUGCUGGUGGUGACGGAGCCAAGCAGCGACAGACCAUAUCAGGUUCGCUUCAAGCAUGCCAGCAUCGCUGCCGAGCUCCUCUCCGCUGAAGUGCCUGCUAUUGUUGAUAAGCUUGCUGCUUCUGAGAGCCUAUUGGAGACGCUUUGCAAUUUUUUGUCCAAUGAGAAGCCUCUGAACCCUUUGUUAGCCUCCUUCUUCUCCAAAGUUCUGGGGAUGCUUUUGCACCGGCGCUCUGAACAGAACUGGUACCAGUACCAGGUGACCUGUUUCCAAUUCCUGGACUUCUUGAAGAACCAUCCUGACUUCAUCCCUCGCGUGGCUCAUCACGUCGGUACCUCCGCCAUCAUGAACCUCCUGCACAAAAUCCUCUGUGGUGUCGAGGAAGAGGAAGUUCGCUGCAGGAUACAUGCCUGGGUGCGCGACACUCCUCUCAUCUCGCUGCUCAUCGAGAAACUUAGUCCCGAGAACGAGUGGUGCGAGCAAGCCAACGUCGAGCAGCUAAUGUGCGACAUUCUGGACUCGGGGGGAGGAGCAAGUCUUGGUCUCAUGGGGUCUCUGGGGGGACACAACGGCAGCUCCAUGGGCAACGGGGGAGCAGCUGCUGGGGUUGGGGGGGACAAUAGGGACAACCAAAUGAUGUCUAACAGCCUCCUGCCUCUCAUAUUGAAUGAUCGCGUUGUGCAGCAGUUGCUGGGUAUUUUACUGCACGCUAACAGCACGCCGUCUUCCAUCACGCAUGUCACCAACGUCCUCAUGAAGAUGCUGUCCAUACACUCGUGUGUUCUCUGCGUCGCCGUCCGUCCCUCCGCUGAGCAAGAGGUCGCUACUGCAGCCUACGUCGCCGCUGCCUCCAUGCAGCAUCUCCGCAGUGAGGAGAGCAGCGAGUCUGGCAAGGGCAGCAGCGAGGGGAGCGACGAGACUCUGCCGUCGCCAGGGGCGCCCGAGUUCUGCGUUGCUCGCACCGUCGCCACAAUUUUGCCUCAGCUGCACCAAAUGCUCACGGCGCCCUGCACGGAAACUGUGGAGACGUCCUAUGGUGAGGUGGUGGAGCGCGUGGGCAACACGCGUCUGCGCCUCAUCGCUCUCAUCACAGCCUUGAUUGAGACGCGUCACUAUAAGAUCCAUCACACCCUCGCUCAGCUCAACACCAUCCCCUUCAUUAUAGAAUUGUUUUUCAAGUUCCCCCAAAACAACUUCCUGCACACGUUGGUGGAGCGCUGCGUCACAGGCCUGCUGGUGAAGGCGGCGCCCUGCAGAACACCUCCCGACGCAGUGCUGCAGGAGACACGUCGCCUCGCCCGUAGCCGCUUCCCCGUCACCGGUGGGAGCGACGCUGCUGGUGACGCAGCUCCUGCUGGUGGCAGUGAGAGCAACGCAGACGCGGACCUGCCUUGUGCUGCUGCUAGUGCCGCUGCUCUGCCACCAGACUGUGGCGACAAGUCUAUUCCUGCUGGGGAUGUUCCUGGUGGAAAAGAUUCAUCAGGCGAUGUUAGUGAAGACCCUGAAAAAAUGGAAGUGAGCAGCGCAGACUGUGAUAGCAAUGCUGCAGUUCCUCGUGAUGCAAACAUUCCUUCCAAUAAUAUGGAUGCCACUUCCUCUGAAGUUCCUCUGCCCUCUGGCACUAUUCAAGUCCCUCCUACUCCGCUACCCCCGCUACAAAUUCCCUCGUGUUUAGGCGAGCAAAAUACUAAUAUCGUACCUAGUGACAAUAAAGAAGAUGCCAAGCUACCAAUGAUCUCAUCAGACGCGCUCAAUGUCCAGAAUUCUACUAACCUUUCCAACGCGGGUGACAGUGUUGCUCCAGACGAAGACAGCCACCCGUUACUGUGCCAGCUGUUCAGAGAUGGUCGGCUCAUCAGUAGGAUCCUCAGCACAUAUCAGUUUGGCUCGCAAAGUGAGCCGCCCCCGCCGCGAGGCAGCCUGUGCGGCUACCGCGGCCACGUGCGCAACAUUGCCAACACCGUCGCCGACCUCGUCUCUGGUGGCGAGAACGCGGCGCUCCUCAACGCGCUCAUCCAGUCGCUGGACAACAACAUACAGGAAGACUGGGCCGAGUUCCAGAAAAGCGUUCUGGCUGAAGCUAAUGCAGCCAACUCCGUCAACCCCUUGCCUGGUCAUCAGAUGUUGUUCGACUUCGAAGAUUCAGAAGACGAUGAUGUCAGGAUAUUCAAAGGCUCUCACCAGCCCGCAUUGCAGACGGACAAUAUGCUGCAGAUCUCCGAAGACGACAUGCAGACGGCUAAGGACAUGAUCAAUGCUAUGACCUAUAGUCUGUCCUUCGACGAAAACGGCUUCGAGACGCCCAACACGUCUACCGGCGCCGCAUCCUCCUGCACCGUCUCGGGCGCCACCGCUGGCCACUCUUCUCCCACGGGCGAUUUCGAUGGGGCCAAUUCAGACGCCGGCUCUGCUGAUCUCUUCGAGAAGCUCUGCAGGAAGAAUUUGUUCAGCGAUAGCGCCACGGACGAUCAGUUCUGGGAUGACAAGGAACAGACCAUUUCUUUCGCUCCUAAUGCACAUACAGUAAAUGACGCUGAAGUCCACAGCUCAGACGAAGAAGAUGAGAACGAAAAGGACGAUAUGAACUCGGGACGCCUGGAUACUUCCAUGGAGGUCGAUGAUCUACGAGACGAUUGGGAGUCUGUGUUUGACCGACGCAGUAGUGACCCGCCCGCCCCUGUUGUCGCUGCUUCUGCAGGAGUUUUCCCACGGACUUCCACCACUACAGUACCCGUACCUAUGCCAGCUCCUGUCCCCUCCUCAUCUCCAUCAUGCUCCCCCUCCUCUGCCUCGACUCCACCCGCAGAUUUUAAUCCAUGGAGCACAGGAACCACAUCUCCUGUUGCUGGGCCCAUCCCGGCAGUGAAUCCCUGGUCCGCGGGCAGUCCUCAGACUUCAGACACUGAGGCCACCCAGAUACCCCCCUGGGCCAACUUUAGUGCAAGUGCUUUCGAUUCAUCAGCUCCGACCGAUCCUUUCAAAGGCACGAAUCCUUUCGAGACUUUUCAAUCCGCGGACAGUACUGGAAAUUCUGCCGCUCCUUCUGAGGACUUGACGUCUUUCAAUGCCCAGUUCGCGUCGUUUGAGUCGACGGAAUCUGCUACAGGAGGCGGAAAUGGAGCGCUCGUUCCUGAGGAUGUCGCCAGUGAAGCUCCGAGCAGUGCCGUUGAUGGAACUCAAGACUCGUCUGCUUCUGCCACAUUAACACAACACGAACAAAAAGACCAGGAACUACAGUCCAACUUCCAUUUCCUGGCUGGUAUUGGCGUUUUAAAGUCUGGAGCUGUGCCUAAUUCCGAAGAAAGCGAUGUAGAAAAACAUGAAUUAGCCGAGCCAAAGCCAAUUGCUAGUUUAUUGAAGGAUCUUGCAACUCAAGAAACUGUAACGGCUGAAGUGGAAGAGCAAAUUUCCGAAGCGUGUGAAGAUGCUAAUGUGGCCGACCGAAAAUCAGUGGAAGAUACUUCCGAAAAAAUGGAAAUUGAUACCGAGACUCAAGAAAAAAACGAUGUCGAAACCCUCGCUACCAAAGUUGAGGAAGUUGAUCUACCAGUUGGCGAUGGAAGCAAAGUUCCAUCAGGAAAUUCAGGUCCUUGAUUGACGACGGGAUUAGUUUCGAACUCACGUUCUUAAGGUACAACGGUGGUGUGUAAUUAGAGGCUACAGAGGGCCGUGUCCACCAUGCCACGAGGAUCUCUCCAUUGCUGAUCUUCCUUCCUUAGACUUGCUGUCACCCUUCACCGACGCUCAUAAUUUCUUCCUUCUAAGCCAUGUUGAAAUUGCCGUGUUACUGAGUCAAGACCUUGUGUAUAUUCUAGUUAGACUCCUGGUUGAUGGCAACGUGUGUUGAGUUCACCUAUCAGGAAUGUAUCCAAAAUCUCGCGUUAUUCGAUAAGUUAACGAUGAAACCGCCGUGUUUUUGUGGUGCUAACUUUUCUAAAGUCUGACCUUUGUUGAUGAAGUUGCUCAGUAAUAAUCAUAAAAUGAUUACGUUGAUAAGCUUCGAUGCCACCCACUCCCUCCAAAGAUGCGUAUUCUUCGUUUUUUUUCUUUGCUGAGCUCAAUGCCUAGGAUCAAAAGCCAAUAUUCGCUCAUCUGCGUCUCUUUCUAUUGUGUUCCGUUGUAUGUUUGGGAUCUAGUAGGACUUCGUCUGCUGUCUUGAGUAAAUUAAUAUAUUGUCAUUAAUAUCUUUAGUCCUAAGUAUAUUUAUGUUUGUUUUAUUUUCAUGGUGAUUUGUUUAGCGUGAAGUGUUGUGGUCGAGCAGCAUUGCAAUGUUGAUUAGUACGAAGCGCAGUGGCCUCCUGAGCCCGUCCCUACCGUCAUCUUGCCUCGUAAAUUUUGUAGAUAAGAAAUUCAAGUGGGAUGCUUCCUUACUACUCAGCAGUCUCUAGCUUAUGUGCCACUAACUGCCUCAUUCUCGUCCUUUGAUUUACUAAUCCUUAACUAUUUAUUCUCUUAUGUUUUUUACAACUCUUAUUUAGCAGAAACAGGCGCGUCAUUUCCGUCUGCUGCGUCAACUCAGUUUCAUUGAUGGUAGAUUUGAUGUUCUCUGAUGCACACUUCAUGACGUCAUCGUUAGUGGAAAACUUUCGCUUGAUUAUUAUUCUUUUAUUUUAUUAGGACUUACCAUUAUAUAUCUCAUCCAACCAUUUGUUUCCAAUAUCAUGUAAAAAUGUUUGAAAGUUACUCUCACUUGUACAUUGAGGUGUGUAAUAGAGCUGUGAUAGCUAUAGCAAUUCCUUACUAAUACUGUACACUUUUAUUUAUUGGUGAACUGCUUGCUGGUGCAAUGAUCUUGAUGUUUCUGCUUGGGAAUGACCGCUGUAUGCGCCACCCCACGCAAUCUUACGUGGCCUUUUUCCACUCGAAUUUCAGUAGGAUGUUGUGAGGUUCCUCUGUUUCUAACGAGGGCGCUUCAAACGGUACCAGUUUUAUAAUGGAUCUUGGUAUUUUUUAUGGAAUGACUUCGCUCCAUGCAUUCCUUAGACUCCAGAUCGCAGAAACGAGAAAGUCGAGUGCAAGACGCCUAUUUCUUUGAUGUUUCUACGCCUCCCUCAUAAUCGUCAUUGCCAGUUGAUCAGCAGUGAGACAACGCACACAAUACCUAGUAGCUCGGGCUGACAUGCCCCUGCUGACAUCUGCAAGUGACCGGCGACAGUCCUGCCAGUCACGUGCUGAUAUUAGCUCCAUUCCCAGUCAAAUGCUGACAUCAGGGCAGGUAGAAAGUCGCGUAACAUAAGCUGAACAUUUCCGCUUGCUUAAGACUCCAAAGAAAUCCCUCUCACUGCGAUACAACUUCUAAGCCUCAGGUCGUUAAGUUAGGCAACUUGUCCUGUUCCAAUUAGUAUUAUUUUCAUGAAACUCAUGCCAUGAAGUUAUUUUAAUAUAUAUCUUACUCCUAGCGAGUACUUUUAAAUGUUGGAGUGAAUAAUGUGAAUAUAAAAUUUCAAUAAAUAGUUGGAUUUUCGUUGUAGCAUAUUUAGUUCAUGCACGAAAUGAAAACGUUCUUUUUCCUUCGAAAUGAAGCUAAUAGGCGCCAAGGUUCUAUUCAAUGAUACCAAUGCUUCUGAGACUGCGUGAUGACAGCCAACAUAUCCACUCAAACCUGACCUCAAAUUAUCUACUUGUGAUUUAUCUUCAGUAUGUAAUUAGUGUGCCGCUCAUAUUUUUGUCAUCAUUCAUUAUUAUUACUUAUUAUUAUUCAUCCUACUGUUGUUGUUGCCUUGGAACACGUUUAUAGAGAAACUUGUAAUAUUUCAGUGGUUCAAACGGUGCCUCAGUAAAGAAAAAUAUACGUAA